AUGUUUAUAGAUCACUACAUGUUCCGUUGGAACAUUGUGAGGUCCUUUUUCCAGUUUGCUACUAAAUUCUCAAAAAAGAAACGUUCUUAUGCAUCACCAUCAUGUGGAACCACAAUACCUGAACCAAUGAACUCAGUGAACAUUUUUUAUAUUUAUUAUGGAUCAUUACAUGUUCUGCUGGAACAAGGUCAGUUUGGUGUAGUCUAUUUUGGCUACUUGGAAGAUGGAACCCCAGUUGCAGUCAAAACACGCUUAGAAUCAUCAUCUCAUGGGGUUAAUGAGUUCUUGGCAGAGGCUCUACAUCUAAUAAGAGUUCAUCACAGGAACUUGGUCAAUCUGGUUAGCCACUACAAGGAUGGACACCACUCAACUCUUGUCUACGAGUAUAAAUUGCUAACUUGCAUUGCUCUUUCGUGCAACAAGUGCGUUGAUACUUACAAACAACGAGGAGCACCGGAAGCGAGGGAGGGCAUGGCUGCACUGGAGGUUGUCCCAAGGCGAGGGCAGGGCAGAGACAUGCAACAAUGA